CGCACCGCGCCGAGCGCGCCACCCCCGCCCGCCGGCGCCGCUCGCACAUGCCCGAGCCGCAGCCCUGCGAGCAGGCAGCGCUGGCCCCCAGCCCCGCGGCCCCGGGCCCCGGCUCUGGCGCCGUCCCUCCUCCCGGGCCGGGCGCCGCGGCCCCGGCAUGAGGAGCGGGCGAUGAUCCCUGCCAACGCCUCCGCCAGGAAGGGGCCAGAGGGGAAGUAUCCCUUGCACUACCUCGUGUGGCACAACCGCCACCGCGAGCUGGAGAAAGAAGUCUGCGCCGGCCAGGUGGACAUCGAGCAACUGGAUCCCCGUGGGCGGACUCCCCUGCACCUGGCCACCACCCUGGGGCACCUUGAGUGUGCCCGAGUACUCCUGGCACACGGUGCAGACGUGGGCAGGGAGAAUCGCAGUGGCUGGACAGUACUUCAGGAGGCUGUGAGCACCCGGGACCUGGAGCUAGUGCAGCUCGUGCUGCGGUAUCGCGACUACCAACGGGUGGUGAAGCGGCUGGCGGGUAUCCCUGUGCUCCUGGAGAAGCUGCGCAAGGCCCAGGACUUCUACGUGGAGAUGAAAUGGGAGUUCACUAGCUGGGUGCCCCUGGUGUCUAAGAUCUGCCCCAGUGACACCUACAAAGUGUGGAAGAGUGGGCAGAACCUGCGGGUAGACACCACACUCCUGGGCUUUGACCACAUGACAUGGCAGCGAGGGAACCGUAGCUUUGUCUUCAGGGGCCAAGACACUAGUGCUGUGGUCAUGGAGAUUGACCAUGACCGCCGGGUGGUGUACACGGAGACCCUGGCACUGGCUGGGCAGGACCGUGAGCUGCUGCUGGCAGCUGCCCAGCCCACUGAGGAGCAGGUGCUGAGCCGGCUCACCGCGCCUGUCGUCACCACGCAGCUCGACACCAAGAACAUCUCUUUUGAGAGGAACAAGACCGGCAUCCUGGGCUGGCGCAGCGAGAAGACGGAGAUGGUGAAUGGGUAUGAAGCCAAGGUAUAUGGGGCAUCCAAUGUGGAGCUCAUCACCCGGACACGGACAGAGCAUCUUUCAGAACAGCACAAGGGCAAGGUCAAAGGCUGUAAAACACCUCUGCAGUCCUUCCUGGGAAUUGCUGAGCAGCAUGGGGGCCCCCAAAACGGGACCCUGAUCACUCAGACUCUGAGCCAAGCCAACCCCACUGCCAUCACCGCAGAAGAGUACUUCAACCCCAACUUUGAGCUUGGCAACCGUGACAUGGGCCGCCCCAUGGAACUGACCACCAAGACACAGAAGUUCAAGGCCAAGCUGUGGCUGUGUGAGGAGCAUCCCCUGUCCCUGUGUGAGCAGGUGGCCCCCAUCAUUGACCUCAUGGCUGUCAGCAAUGCACUUUUCGCCAAGCUCCGGGAUUUCAUUACCCUGCGCCUGCCUCCUGGCUUCCCAGUCAAGAUUGAAAUCCCCAUCUUCCACAUCCUCAAUGCUCGCAUCACCUUUGGAAACCUCAAUGGCUGUGAUGAGCCGGUGCCGUUGGUGCGAGGCAGCCCCAGCAGCGAGACUCCUUCCCCGGGCAGCGACUCCUCCAGCGUCAGCAGCUCCAGUUCCACAACCUCGUGCCGCGGCUGCGAGAUCUCCCCCGCGUUGUUCGAGGCCCCACGGGGCUACAGCGUGCUGGGCGGCCAGCGAGAGGCAGCCACCCGCGAUGACGAUGACGACCUACUGCAGUUCGCCAUCCAGCAGAGCCUGCUUGAGGCGGGCAGUGAGUAUGACCAGGUCACCAUCUGGGAGGCACUAACCAACAGCAAGCCGGGCACUCACCCCAUGUCCUACGAGGGUCGACGACAGGACAGGAGUGCUCCGUCCACGCCACAGCGCCAGUCCGCUCCCCCCGCCGCCCUGGCGUCGGUCCCGAGCCCUCGGCCCAGCCCGCGCCCAGGCCCACGCGGCCACGUGUUCCGGAGCUACGACGAGCAGCUGCGGCUGGCCAUGGAGCUGUCUGCGCAGGAGCAGGAGGAGCGGCGGCGGCGCGCGCGCCAGGAGGAGGAGGAGCUUGAGCGCAUCCUGCGGCUCUCACUCACGGAGCAGUAGCGCCCACUGCCGGGCCCCUUGGCCAUGCCCCGCGGGACCUGUCCCGGAGCUAGGG